ACAAACUAAAACAAAACAAUAAAAAUAUUUGCUGACAGAGAUUAGGCUGAUAAAGGAGAAGAAAAGGAAGGAGAUUAUUCAGACAGAACAGAGGUUUCCAGGGCUGGAGGGCUGGGGGUAGACAGUGUGAACACAGAAAAAUGACGAUAAUAAAGAUAAAAGGGGACAAACAGACAGCAUCACUAUAGUAUCUCUACUAUUUUCUUCUCUCCGGGUCUUCUCAAUCAGGGCCUGCCGCUGGGCAAUGGCAAGUCAAAAACAAUCUUUACACAUUUUAAUCUUGCUUGCAGUUAGACUCCAUUCAUCUUCCAAAGGGUAACCUAGUUGGGUAGUGGAAUCAUGUGCCUUGUGACAUCAACUGCGCUCAGAAUGUUUAUCCUCUGGACAAGCCAGCCAGCCUGCCUCUCCAGAGCAGGCGUGUGAUCUCUGUACACCGCAGUGGUCAGAAUAUGGAGAACUUCUCACUCCUCAGCAUCUCUGGACCUCCAAUCUCUUCCUCCGCCCUGAGUGCUUUUCCCGACAUUAUGUUCUCUCGUGCCACCAGCCUGCCAGACAUUGCAAAGACAGCGGUACCCACUGAGGCAUCCAGCCCAGCUCAGGCCCUGCCACCCCAGUACCAAAGCAUCACUGUCCGGCAAGGGAUACAAAACACAGUGCUCUCACCAGACUGCAGCCUGGGGGACACCCAGCACGGAGAGAAGCUGAGGCGGAACUGCACUAUCUACCGGCCCUGGUUCUCCCCCUACAGCUACUUUGUGUGUGCAGACAAAGAGAGCCACCUGGAAGCUUACGACUUCCCAGAGGUGCAACAGGAUGAGGGCAAGUGGGACAACUGCCUUUCCGAGGACAUGGCUGAGAGCAUCUGUUCAUCCUCUUCCUCCACAGAGAACACUUGUCCUCGAGAAGCCACCAAGAAAUCCAGGCGUGGCCUGGACUCCAUCACAUCUCAGGACAUCCUAAUGGCUUCCAGGUGGCACCCAGCACAGCAGAAUGGCUACAAGUGCGCGGCCUGCUGCCGCAUGUACCCCACCCUGGACUUCCUUAAGAGCCACAUCAAGAGAGGCUUCAGGGAGGGCUUCAGCUGCAAGGUGUACUACCGGAAGCUCAAAGCCCUCUGGAGUAAGGAGCAGAAGGCCUGGCUCGGAGACAGGCUCUCCUCGGGCAGCUGCCAGGCCUUCAAUAGUCCUGCUGAACACCUUAGGUAAAUUGGCGGUAAAGCCUACUUAUGUCUCUAGAGAGAUGCCAAUAAAGUUAGUCACAGCCUUCUGUCCAGUCUGAGGUCACCCCGUAUAGCCUGCUGUCCUUCCCAGAACCCGGCUCCCAUCCCCUUUGGCUAAUGGUUGCCUAGCAACACCAGGCACACACUCUCCCCUUUCUCUCUUUUAAAAAUAAAGACAAUACCUGAAGUUUGGGAA